AUGGGAUCGCAAACGGACUAUGGUUUUACCGUCUAUCGUGGCACAUUCAUUCAAACGGUUCUUUCAGACUCUAGCUCCAAGCCUGAAUUGUCUCGCAACCAAGGCGCAUUAUGGGUCUCUGCUGCUGAUGGCCGCAUUCAAGGUUGGGACUGGCACGGCAGUGAUGAGAAUCAGUUCAUCGAAUUCAUGAAUAGGAAUGGUUGGGUUAAUAUCGACGCCAUUGAGACCCGGGGCCAUGAUUCGAAGGUCAGAGUGAAGAUUGUCACCGCGAGUGAGGAGCAAAAUGAGUUCUUCUUCCCCGGAUUUAUUGACACCCACAUCCAUGCCCCACAAUACCCCAACGCGGGCCUCUUCGGCUCAUCAACACUCCUAGACUGGCUAGAGACCUACACAUUCCCAGUAGAGUCCCGGUUCGGGUCACCACCGGACCCAAAAACAGGCCACCAAACCAAAACCGACCCUAAAGACACACCCCUCCUAGCGCAGCAAAUCUACGACCAAGUAAUCUCCCGCACUCUCUCCCACGGCACAACCUGCGCCUCCUACUACGCAACCAACCACGUCGCCGCCACAAACGCCCUCUCAUCGCUCUGCCACACGCGCGGCCAACGCGCCUUCAUCGGCCGCGCCUGCAUGGACAACCCAGACUUCUGCGUAGACUACUACCGCGACUUCAGCGCCGACGACUCCAUCGUCGCAACCCGCCAGACAAUCGAGCACAUCCACACCCUAGACCCAGAAGGCAAGCUCGUGAAGCCGAUCGUCACACCGCGCUUCGCACCCUCAUGCACGCGCCCCGCACUACAGGGCCUCGGCGAGCUGGCAGCGAGCUAUUCGCCCCCGCUGCACAUCCAGACGCACAUCUCAGAGAACAUCAACGAGCUCGCGCUCGUCAAAGAGCUCUUCCCGGAGGCGGGCAGCUACGCCGCCGUCUACGAUAAGUACAACCUGCUCACGCCGCGCACGAUUCUCGCGCAUGCGGUGCAUCUCUCGGCCGAUGAGCGGUCUCUGAUCCGCGCGCGCGAAGCGAAGGUCUCGCACUGUCCGGCGUCAAAUUCGGCGCUGGGGUCUGGGAUUUGUCCUGUUAGGACGUUGCUUGAUGAGGGGAUUACGGUUGGGCUGGGGACGGAUGUUAGUGGUGGGUAUAGUCCUAGUAUUCUUGAGGCGGCGCGCCAGGCUUGUCUUGCUUCGCGGUUGCUGGGUCAAUCGGCUGCGUGGCAAAGGGAUCAUCCUCAGGGUGAUGGCUCUGAUGGACGGGAGAAAUUGUCUGUUUCAGAGAGUCUUUACCUUGCUACGCGUGGUGGCGCGGCGGUUGUUGAUAUGGCGAGCGAUGUUGGUGGGUUUGAUAGGGGGAUGUUGUGGGAUGUACAGCUGAUUCGGCUUGGUGGGGUUAAGCUGGUGGAGGCGAGUCCGCUGGAUGUUGUUUCUGAUGGUAGUUCAGAUCUUGUGAAGGCUGGUCCUGUGGGAAAUGUUGAUCUGUUUGGGACGGAGAAUUGGGAGGAGAAGAUUCAGAAGUGGGUUUGGAGUGGCGAUGAUCGGAAUGUGAAGGCUGUCUGGGUUGGGGGAAGGUUGGUCCAUUCAAGGGUUUGA